UGCACCGCCCGCCCGGGCCGUGUGGAGUGGGGGGAGGCGAGGGACAAGUCCCAAAGCUUCGGCCGAGCCACGGCAAGGGACCGUGUUAUUAGUCCCCAGGACUCCUGCUGCUGCUAGUUAAUUAAUUAAUUAGUGGCUCUGAAGGUCCCCCCAGGGCUCAGGUAGCAGUAAUCGUAGAAGUGCAGACAAUUACGGCCGGUUUUCUUCAGCGCUCAUGGACCGCACCUGUCGCUUGAGUUACACCUCAUGAGAGCCCCGGGCUGUGGCAGGGCCGGCCAGGCCACCCCGGCUGCGAGGGGCUUCGUGCGCCCGCUGUGAUCCGGAAGAUUCCAGAGCCGUCGUUUCUGUCCCUCAGAUAACUCUGCCUGCAGUGACAUUUAGAGGCUGGGUGGGAGCAAGCGCCGGGGAGCUCAGCACGGCCGAGACGACAGCAGAAGCCUUCGGCCAAAUUGUGCUGUUAUAAUGCUGUCCCUUGCACACAGAUAUUCACCCACCUUUUAAAAUAAUCCAAGAAACUGAAUUUUUCUCCAAAUUUUCUUCACAUGAGGUUGCAGUAAAAUUCGAUGUCAUUCGAGCAGGACAAUUAAACCCCUGAGGAAACAUUAGACGGGCCACAGAGAUAGGAUUACUUGCUGCAGAAAGAAGUAUCACUGCACUACAAAUUAAUGAAGCCGUUACUUGCAACAAUUUCAGGAUGUUGUUGCAGAAAAAUGCAUUUUUGCCUUGAUUUUUAACCGUACAGAUUAAUUGCUGAACCUUCAAAAUACAAAGAGAAGUAUUUUGAGAUGCCUGGUAUUCAGCUGUGGAUUUUGGAGCAUGAUGAGAAAUGGGAAAUAUGUUUGACUACUGCAGAGAGGGCUUGGAGAUGAUCCCUUGAAAGCACUAGGAUGCCUGGCUGCUUUAAAAAGACAUUAUUUGCCUUGGCUUCUCUAAUAAGUUUUGUGUCUUUUAUCUUGAUUGUUGUUGCAAUGGGAACCCCAAAGUGGAUGACUGGAAAGAUCCUUUGCAAAACAGGGGCUGAUUUGGUCAAUGCCACAGAUCCAGAGCUGGUCAAGUUCAUUGGAGAAAUUUACUACGGACUCUUUCGGGGUGGCAAAAUACGCCAAUGUGGCUUGGGCGGGCGGCGUUCCAAAUUCACAAUUUUUCCACACAUGGUGAAAAAGUUGAAUACAGGUCUGCAUGUGAUGAUCAUAAUAUUCCUCUGUGUGGCCAUUUUCUUUUCUCUGGUCAGUUUUGGAUUCUGCAUUCUUAACGCAAUAAAGGUUCCUUAUCGGGCUAUUAACGGUCCAGCAGGAGCAUGCCUUUGGAACUUCCUUGCAGGUGGAUUUGUAGUACUUGCAGUCACCAGCUUCAUGGCUGCUGUGAAACUUCAUCACCUCACAGAAAGAAUUGCCAAUUUUCGGGAACACGUCUUUCGGUUUGUCAUUUUAGAAGAACGCUUUGAAGACUGUUUUUGGAUUUGUGUGGCAAGUGCCACAGCACAUGCAGUGAAUUUGCUGCUUAUAGCCGUUAGUGAGAUUCAUUUCCCUAAAAUUAAGACUAAAACAGAAGAAGUGAAUGUUACAGCAGAAGAUAUCAUGUACUAACAAAUCUACACAAAACUAUUUUGGUCAAGUGGACUGUUGUGACAGGAACAGCUUCUUGGCUCUUCAGCCUUUGUUUUGGAUAGAUGAUUUACAUAUAAACCUGAGUAAAGAUGUCAUCCUACAAUACAAGCAACUAAGAUGUCUGUGAAAAAAUAAAAAAGAAAAUGCUACAAAUAUCAUUAUUCUCAAAACAGACUGGUACCUGCAGUGAAUAUGUACUGUUUCUCAGUUUUUAGAAAAUUUGUACUUUGGAGUAUUUUAGAAAACUAAGGUAAAAUAUUUAAUCAAACCAAAUGUCUUUAUUUAGAAAGACAGUAUGUUUAUCACAAAUCUUUCAAAUUAUAACUUUAUUUCAAAACAGAAAAAAGUGUAUAUUUGGCAUUUACUUUCACAGAAUUAUCUAGAGCAUAUUUAGAGGGACUUAUACGUCUGAUGAUGUUAUACGGCAUUGAAAAAGAAAACAUCUGUGAGGCUAAAGUUAAGGGGCAGCAGAGGCUAAGUAUGUGAGUAUGUGUGUGUGUGAAAUGUUUUUAAAAGAGAAAUUAUCCAAUACCACAAGACAAAGAAGUGAGAAAUGUAAAGUAUAUGGGAUGCUAUUAGUCUAUGAAAAAAAGGAUUAUUAGCUGCUAGGUGAAUGUUUCAAUGCAGCUUCUGGAAGUAAACACAUUAAGGGUAAUAGUGCUUCUAGAUAACCUGGAAAAUAUUAAUCUGACAGAUUAAUUUUCUUCAUAACUGUGUUAAUUGUUAACUCUAUCUGAAAUCAAGUAAAAGUGAUGCAUGAUGAAACAGUACUGAAAUUAAUAGAACUGGCUAAAUGUAUGGAAAAGUUACUUUCUUAGGAAGUACCAUAAUUUUGACAUGGAUUUGACCAGUUCAUAGGUCACAAGGAGUGAAUAUUUUUGAGAAAAGAAUAUGGAAUAUACCAUUAAUAGUGGAUACAGUGGCCUCUACCAUCUCUGGGUUUGGUUAUACAAGGUUAGCAGGAUUAUGAGUGAAGCAGAAAUUUGUGAGGGUGCCCCUGCAAUAGGCCCUACUAACCUGUCUUCUUCAAGACACCAUGAGCCACUUUUGUUUUCAGGAGCACUAAGAUUAUUUUUAAAAAUUUAAGACAUAGAUGGAAAAUUAUGAUGAGUAUUGAGACCUGUUAGAAUUUUAGCAUAAAGGAGACUCAAUAAAGCAGAAAAAAGUUCCUAUUUUAUACCACCCUCUUACUUCACUGUUCUUCUAAAUUUACUGGUGCUUUCACUCAGACUGUACCCUGGGCCACAAUUCCAGAAAGAUGGUGCAAUAGCCAGAACAUGGAUAGGCCGCAAACAGACCCCAUCUACACUGGUGUCUUAGAUGGUAACAACACAGUAUUGCCCUGAAAAUUGUCCACAGAGCCCUCUGUGGUACCACCACCUUACCCUCCCAGAAAAUUCUGAGUGGCUUUGAGAUUAAAAAAAAACUUGAAGUGCAGCAUAAUUACACAAGUAAAAAAUGUAAUACUUGUCCUUUGUAAUUGUUCUAUGAACAUGUAUAAUUUAUAUGUAGUUACUGUACAGAAAGAAUUAGAUCAUGGCA